CCCUGAGUGCAGGUUGCCAGGGUGAGGCUGCAUAAAAAGAACCUAUGACAGGAUGCACAUGAGAGAGACAAAUAUUUUCACAUUGAAGAAGGGGAGGAGUGUGCCAUUGGUUUUCCAUCCUCCAGAUGCACUGAUUGCUGCCCCCUUUGACGAUGAUGACAAGAUCGUUGGGGGCUACCCCUGUGAGGAGAAUUCUGUCCCCUACCAGGUGUCUCUGAAUUCUGGCUACCACUUCUGUGGUGGCUCCCUCAUCAACGAACAGUGGGUGGUGUCAGCAGCUCACUGCUACAAGACCUACAUCCAGGUGAGACUGGGAGAGCACAACAUCGAAGUCCUGGAGGGAACUGAGCAGUUCAUCGAUGCAGCCAAGAUCAUCCACCACCCCAAUUAUAACAGGAUUACUCUGGACAAUGACAUCCUGCUGAUCAAGCUCUCCUCACCUGCCGUCAUCAAUGCUCGCGUGUCCACCAUCUCUCUGCCCACCGCCGCUCCAGCUGCUGGCGCCGAGUGCCUCAUCUCCGGCUGGGGCAACACUCUGAGCUCUGGUGCUGACUACCCAGAUGAGCUGCAGUGCCUGGACGCACCUGUGCUGACCCAGGCUGAGUGUGAAGCCUCCUACCCUGGAAGGAUUACCAGCAACAUGUUCUGUGUGGGCUUCCUUGAGGGAGGCAAGGAUUCCUGCCAGGGUGACUCUGGUGGCCCUGUGGUCUCCAACGGACAGCUCCAAGGAAUUGUCUCCUGGGGCUAUGGCUGUGCCCAGAAGAACAGGCCCGGAGUCUACACCAAGGUCUACAACUAUGUGGACUGGAUUGAAGACACCAUAGCUGCCAACAGCUAAAGCCCCUGGUCCCUCUGCAGUCUCUGUAUCAAUAAAGUGACCCUGCUCUCA